AUUAUAUUUUAUUUUGUAGGCUCAAUGGCUUCUUCGUCGUCAUGCUCAUCAAGUAUACAAACUAGGUCUGGUCCAAUUGAUAGUGACGUGUUGUGGAUGCAAUCCAAGCAUGUUUCAGAACAUGUUUGGAAUGGGGAACCAGACAGAAAACUACACAUCAGGCGAGCAGUCCCGACGUAUCAAGGUGAAGAACAAAUACCGGAGGAAAUUGUUCCUUUGCUUCGGCAAUGUGGGUUUUAUUGGAUCAUGAGGAUGGGAUACCUAAAGAUAAAUGCGGCCUUAAUUAGUGCGUUCAUUGAAAGAUGGAGGCCCGAAACCCACACGUUUCACCUGAGAUGCGGAGAGGCUACCAUUACUCUCCAAGAUGUGUCAGUUUUACUAGGUCUGCAUAGUGACGGAGCACCAUUAAUUGGUUCAACUAAUCUUGUUUGGGCCGACUUGUGUGAAGAAUUAUUAGGAGUCAGACCACAGGAAGGGGAAAUUGAAGGCAGUGUCGUCAAAUUAAGUUGGUUGGCUCACCAUUUUUCUCACAUAAAUAUUGAUGAGGGUAACAUUGAGCAAUUACAAAGGUUUACCCGUGCGUGGAUCCUUCGAUUCAUAGGAGGUGUCCUCUUUGUUAACAAAAGUAGUAGCAGAGUGUCCUUAAGGUACCUACAAUUUCUACGUGACUUUGAACAAUGCAGCAUGUAUGCGUGGGGACCUGCCGUGCUUGCGUAUUUGUAUAGAGAGAUGUGCAGCGCCACCGAUUACAAAGUUAAAUCAAUCGGAGGUAUGUGCAUCUUAAUCCAAAUGUGGGCAUGGGAACGAUGCACGACCUUAGCUCCAAAGAGGACGCCUCCCAUCAUAGAAAAUAAACCACUC